AUGUCUGAAGAUCAAGAAAUUUCUUCCUCUGUGAUCGAUUCACAUGUUGGUGAAUCCAAUUCAAAUGCACUUAAUUCUGACAAGGGUUUAACUAUCAUUGCUCAAAAUGUAAAUAUUCUUGGUGAAUCUAACUCAUGUUUACCUAAUUCUAACGAGGAUUUAACCAUCAUUGCUCAAAAUCCAAUUAUUCAUCAUGGAUCAAAUUCAAAUUCACUUAAUUCUAACCAGGGUUUAACCAUCAUUGUAAAAAAUCCAAUUAUUCUUGAUGGAUCAAAUUCAAAUUCAAAUUCACUUAAUUCUAGCCAGACAUCCACAAUCGAGGCUCAAAAUGUAACUAUUAUUACACCAGAAUCCCGUUCAAUUAUACCUCAACUCAGUUUGGAUUUUGGAGUUGACCCUCGAUAUGCAACUAUUUUUGCUAAACAAACACAUAUUGGAACUAACCAGAAUUUUUCCUAUGACAUUCUUUCUUCAAAUGAUCCAGAAGUUCAAGAGGAAAUUGGAAAGCUUGUGAAUGAAGCCAAAAUUGAUGCAAUUAAGAGGUUAAUGAACAAGCCCGACAGAACUGAUGGUAUACCCAAUGAUGUUUUGGAUUAUCUGGUAUCAAAAAUGAGUAAAAAUGGGACUACAACAGGUUCUGAUAAAACUACUAAUGAUGAUGCACAAAGAAAUAAUGUUCAAUUAAUUUCAGUAGAUACUAAAGAUAUACCCUUAGACAAGGUUGAUGUCGUAUAUGGAAAUAAUUACACAACAAUUAAAGCAAAGAAGGGUUUUGGUAUUUCUAAAUUAACAAAAGCUAAUAAAUUAAUUUGGGAAUCAAUUUUAUCUUCAAAAUAUGUAAUAAAGUUUCUUUUGUACAAUGAAGGUGAAAAGUCUUAUGCAUUCUUAUUAUUAAAUGAUAUGUCAUUGGUAUCAUUAGAGAGAAAAGAUUGGAAUGUGUCUUGGAAAAUAGUGGCAAACAAGUUUGAUUUCAAUCAUUUGAAUAUAUUAAGGAAAAAUGGUUAUUUACUUUCACAAGACAAGUUUGCACUUGACUUCCAUGAGCAUUACUUGGACAUUUUCAUUCCAUUCAUUUCAAACGAAAUUACCUACUACGAUUCACUUGUUUUCAAAUAUGACGACGGUAACUAUCCAUUAUUUUUAUCAGUUGACUUGUUGACUUGUCAGAUAACAGUUCAUCUGUGUCAAAAUAAGAUAAACCAUAAUUUAGCCCAAUUUAAGUUGGGACAUGAGCUAUCUGAUGUAGAGAAGCGUGGAGAAGAAGAUGUCCCAUUUUUGGAAAAUAUUAGAGAAUUUAUUAGUAGUAUCCAUGGACCUAAUGAAAUGGAUGGAAUUACUUCAUCUGAAAAAUUAACAAGUAAAUUAAGGGACCGUUAUACAAAUUCUACAAUCACUAAACAUUCAAAUUCCGAUGGUUCUUCAUCUCAAAAAAAUCAACAGAAAUUUGAUAGUGAAAGUGCUAACAAAUGUGACACUGAAGGUAUAAAGAUUCAUAUUGUGGAACUGAAUAUUAAUGUAAGUCGUUCUGAAUAUUAUAAUAGAAAAUUUAAUAGAAAUUCUAGGUAUUACAGGGCCAAUGAAAAUGUGCUAUUUGAUAAAGUAAUAGAUGGGAAGAAAGUGAUUUGGAAAAAGAAGAAAAAUAGACUCUUGGCAAAAGAAGUCUACUUUUAUUUUGAUGAUAAUGUCAAAUGGGUAAUAAUUCUUUUGAAGAAUAAUACAUUGAAAUUCUACCACAAGCCAUCAGAUACUCGGGAGUGGACUGAUGUUUCAACAAAGAUGAUAAGUACUGAUAUAUUAAAGGUAAUUAAUAGUAACCUCAGAAAACAAUCAAGAAUGGAUUUGAAUUUUGAUUUCUUCAGUUCAUUUUGUUUAAUUGAUCUCGGUAACGCUGUUAGUGUAGGUUACAAAGAUUAUGUUCAGUAUUUUAAGGGAUAUGGAACAGGCCAUUCAGAUUGGCUAUUGUUCGAUGUAUUGACAAAAAAUGUUUACAUUAUUGAGUUUAUUUUGAAGACCCAGAAUCAGCUAACCAACCAGCAUUAA